AUGGAAGUCCUCAUCGACUCAGCGCACGGUCACAACUCUUUGGAGGCCCUGUUUAUUCUGCUUUGCAUUUUCUAUGCUACGGUAGUACGUCGUACACGACUAUCUGUUGCACUGAGUAAUCUCCGUGCUGAAACUGACAACUUUGAAGGCGGCAUUUUUCUUGAGCCACCCGAGGGGGAACCUGGCCAUGGGCAUGGCAUCAAACGCUCUAGAUCGAGUGACAAGGCAGGCGUCGAGUCGCAAACAGUUCCCAAGCAGGGCAAUUCGAGGGAUCGUACGAGACCUUGCUCCCAAGAAACGGUGCAACAGGAUGAUGCGAGCGAGCUCCGUGGAGAAGCUGCAACGACUGCCGAAUCAGAUCUAGCAGGGCUAACAGAUAUACAUAACCCUGCAGAGGAGAAAGAAGAUGAAGAAUUGGUCCUUGAUGAUGACGAUGAGGAUGUAGACCUGGACGGAGUCGGAGAUGGCGAAGGCAAGCCCAAAGAACCAACGGCCAAAAUGAAGAAGAAAAUGGAUGUAAUGGCGAAAAUCGUGCAGAAAGAAGCCGGUCUUGUAAUUUUGACCGUGGAGCAGAACCACCUUAUCCCGACCUCCUUCAACGUUACCUGGGACCAAGACAAAACCAAGCUUCUUUGUUCUUACAAUUGGCAAGGCACCAACGAUGGCACCAAUACGAUCUUCGUGCCUGGAGGCCCACCCAAGUUCGUUCCGAACAGGGCUUUGCCUUGCGUCUUGGAAGCGGACUCAGGCUUCCAAGCCGCUGAUUACAAUUACGUGCGAAAGCCUUGGGAACCAUUCGCUCCACUGUUUACUGCAUUGGGCGUCAUGAAUCCCGGUUAUCAAUUUUUUGAUAUCGACGUUCUGGCCGAUCGCAACAAUCUCAGGAUUCUACUGGAAUUCUGCCAGGGGAAAGCAAACGGACCGCUUCGUCUGGACGUACAUAUGGUGUACAAUACUCUUGUCCUCGUUCGCAAGGGCGAGAAGUUUUGGAAACGACAGAUUUCUGGAGUCGGAAACAACUUCGAGAAGAAUUUCACACGACCUGGAGAUGACAUGGAGGAUGCUACAAGUCACUAUAGAGCGAUUCGAUAUCCUAUGGGGCCUCUGGAGGUUGUCGUUCGCUUUGAGGCUGAUGCCUACUUCGAAGAGGCCGCUUCUGAUGACCUUGAUCCGACUGAGGCCGACGCUGUGACGGGCGCUUUGCUAGCGGAACGACCACGUUACGACUUCCGGCCACCCGUUCGAUUCUUCCAGAAGGGGCACAUCGUACCGACAGCUCAGGUGGCAGAACUAAAGACGGUGACUCAUAAGGACGAAGGGACGUCCGCCGUCUCGUGUCAAGACCAGCUCUGGUUCGGCCGCACUACUCAUCUCUUGACCGGCGUAUAUAAGAUGGAGGAUGGAAAGGGAAAGAUCCUUCGUAUCAAGUACGAAAACGCAAAAGAAAGGGUCGACAGGUGGGAGGAGAAAAAUCAAGAUGCUCUCCGAAAGCUUGUGGAUUUGCUCUCGCGCAUACGAACGGCGUUGAAGCAACAAGAAGGACCUGUACGGGCGGGCCUUCUCGUACGCGAGAGUAGAGAUGGUCCGCUGAUAUUGAGGACUAUGCUAAGAAAAUCUCAUAUCAUUGGUAGGGAGUUCUUCUCGACACACUGGGAGCGCAAACCUGCUAGUGCUCCCCGCGGUCACAACAUGAGGGGUCGCUGGAGUGCUGACAGGUCGCAUCAGGGUCGACUACACCCUGGUUUGCGAGGCUACCACACUCCAUCCGGUGGUGCGCCAGGUAAUGAGCACCACUCGCAAGCAAGCUACGGUGCAAAUGGUCACCAACAGCACCCUGCUCAUGAAGUACAUUACAACUGGCAACAACAGGAAAGCUUUGGACCGAAUGGUUAUCGACGUCACCAGGGUUAUGGGGGACAAAAUACUCAGCAACAACCUGGCGGCUACGGAGGGUACAGCUUCCAACAGCAGAACGUAUACGAAGGACGCUAUGACCAGCAACAGCCUGGACGCGGGCGUGGAGGCUGGAGCGGAGGCCAAAGAUCAGGAACCUCAAGAGGGUAUAAUGACGGCCGUGGCCGUAGUCGCGGCCGCAGUGGCUCCAACUAUGGCGAUCCCACCUAUGGACGUCUUCCCAGGGGCUUCUAG